AAUUAUAAUAAAAUUGCAUGCAAAACAAAUUUUACAUUAACUUUAGGUUUAUCAAAACAUCCUUGUAGUUAGUUGCAGAAACAAUUCGAACCAUUGGAAAGAAACUUUUCGCAAUAAAACUCUACGACCUAGCUUGGUUCACAAUUUUUGCAGAUGACUGAAUUAUCGAGGUAAAGUCUGUUGUAAUCUAUUUCAGAGAGUAGUUAGUAAAAGAGAAAGAGGGAAUUUGAAAGUGAAAUAACUGUAGACAAAACAACAAAUAAUUUGAAGAGACGAUUUCAAAACACAAGAGAGGUAGGGCUUAUCGCAUUAUCGACAGUUAAAGUUUAUAUAACUGGUUCAGUAUUCGCGCCAACCGUUUGCGUGGACCUUAAGCUUAAAGAGACUCACGGUUAACGUCAAGUAAAAGAUAAAGAAGAAAUAUUAAAAAGCAGUGCAUGAACUUGUGAUACUCCGAACAUCAACAAAACAUUACAGUAUGAUGGACGAUUCGGAGAGCCUACCAGACGAAAUGGAGGAAAACCGCCAACGUAGAAUACUUAACGGAAUGAUCGUUUUUGAUCUGUCGUACGUCACAGACACAUGGUUGGGUCGUGUGAAGUUUUUUGAAUUAAUUUUCGUUACAUUAGCUGGAUGUAUUUUACCGAGCGUAAUUGGUGUGUUUUUUACACGAUUCUCAUUUUACACAUUUGUCGUGUGGACCAGUUUUAUGUAUAUUUCGCUGGAUUUAAUUCUUCACGUUACGUCACUAUGGCGUCGUAUGCCCAAGUUAUGCACGUCGUCGGAUAUUCUACUCUAUCCUGUCUUGAUGGGAGCGCUAGCUUUUAUGAUUAGCAGUUGCCUGGUGGCUUCCGUCGCUGAUCAUUUUCCUGGAUCGAGAGGAACACGCUGCGGCCUUUCAGCUGCUUUUGGUUUCCUUAUGAUGUUACUUUUUCUGAUCGAAGCCUUUCUCCAUUACAGAAAUAUUCCACACAAUAAUAACAACGAUGAAGAAGACGAACGGGGGAGAACAAUAUCUGGGCCUAUAUUUAGAGGCGCGGAAAAUCCUCCACCGUACACCCAUCAAGACAGAGAUAUUUCAGAUGCACCUGAACGUGGUGUGUUUUUGUAAAUUAACAAUGAAUUCUGGAAACAUAUUUUUCGUGUUUCCCUUUAUACGAAGACAUGGUAUUUGUUUUGUACAUCCCUGCAGAAAAGUGGGAAAUCCAGUCCUGGGGACGAGUUUUCGUCUUUUCGCAGCUUACAUCAUAAUAAAGGAUUAGUGAGUGUUUUAUUGCAUUACCAUUAAAAGAGAAGUUUUCACCACAUAAACUCUGUCGAAGAAGACUCUUGUCAUUUGGGGACAAAAAAAAACUCUACUGGAAGAUUUAAAGAUCUUUGGCAUUUUUUCUUAGAUUUUAGAAACUAGACUUAACUUGUCACGAGAAAUUAUUUGAUUAAUUUUGAGUUCAUGGCUUGUGUGCAUCUA